ACUGCUUGUUGAUCUCCGAAAUACCCCAAUCCUUUCAAGGAUUAGGGUUUUCUUUCUCAAUCCGAGAUCGAGAAUUCCAAAGCUUUGGUCAAUCUAGGGUUUGAUAACACGAUGCACAACCCAUCAUCGGGGAAGGGGAAAGCUGGAGGAGCUGGGCAGUCUCAGCAACCCUCCGAUUCCUCCUCUCUCAAGCGCAAGCGCGGCGUAUUCCAGAAAGAUCUGCAGCAUAUGAUGUAUGGUUUCGGCGAUGAUCCCAAUCCAUUACCAGAAACAGUUGCAUUAGUGGAGGACAUUGUUGUUGAGUAUAUUACAGAUUUGGUUCAUAAAGCCCAAGAUGUUGCAACGAAAAGGGGGAAAUUAUUGACUGAAGAUUUUUUAUAUCUAAUUCGCAAGGAUAUGCCCAAACUCCAUCGUUGUACUGAAUUACUGUCCAUGAAUGAAGAGCUGAAACAAGCAAGAAAAGCAUUUGAAGUGGACGAAGAAAAGCUAGCAACUGCAGAUUGAAAUAAUUGGAUGGAUGUGAUACAUCUGAGUUCUCACCAUAUGGAAGCAAGCCAUUGUAUCUUUCCAUGUUUUUUUAGCUUCUUCACUGUAACAUAACUGAUUUGACUUUUGUUCUGCAGUUUCUUAUAUUCAACCUCAUUUACCUUAUUUUU